AUGACCGAAUUGCAAAAGAUCACCGAGCACAAUCUUGCUACCUCGCCCUUCCUCAACCUUCCUGGUGAGGUGCGGAACCGAAUCUACGAGCUCACCUUGGGCGGCAACAUAUGGAAAAUCGAUACGGAAGCACGUGCGAUCAAUCUUAUACCCAAAGCUGAUCGCAACGACCACCGGGACCUGCUGCUCGUCUGUCGUCAAAUCUACGGUGAGAGCCGCGUCUUGCCAUGGUCACUCGGUUCUUUCAAGUGCGUCGCCGACGACUAUUUCGAUUGCCGCGCCAAGUUUCGCCGCUGGGUUGCCAAGUUUCCGCCUGAAUUUCGCAGGGCUAUAACGUCCAUCAUUCUCGUGAACCAUGAUGUUGGAGAUGCUCCUUUGGAAGACGAACAUUUGAAGGUAUGGACUACUAGAUCCAAUCUCAGCCUCCAGGACUUUCCCGGACUCAAAAGACUACAGGUAAAUGCUUGGUUACCAGUCUCUUACCGCUCUGCUGAAGAUCUCCGGAAAGUGGUCAUGAUGAAACCGGGUGAGCGUAUCGCAGGCAACGUGUGUGUAACAUGUGUACAGUUCAAGUACACUUAA